AAAGUAGUAACGAAAAGUUGUAAGUUAAAAAAAAACUUUUCAGUAAUAAGGUCUUGAAGUAAAUGAAAAAGUGAACAAAAAAUCAUGCAUUGGAAUUUAAAAAGAAUGAAGUAUCUGCUUUUGAAAGUUCUCCUAAUAAUUGCCGUAUCAACAAAACAAGGUCUGCUAAAUGAAAAAGAAAUUUCGAAGAGAAGAAAAAUAAUCAUUGACACUGACGCUGGGGCUGACGACGCUGUAGGUAUUCUCCUAGCACUAAAAUGCGAAUCAGCAGAAAAGGAAAUUAAAAUUCUUGCUAUAACUUGUACUUACGGUAAUACAAAUAUAACAAAUGUUGAAAUGAACGUUCAAAAAAUUCUCACUAUUGCUGGAAGAGAAGACAUUCCCAUCUAUACGGGUGCUUAUAGACCAUUAAUUAAAUUUUGGGAAUCCACCAACUAUUUUGGACAGGAUGGAUUAAGUGAUUUUGAAUUUAAUCAGACAAUCAUAGCUGAAAUUGAUAAAUCGAAGCACGCGUCAGAUGCGAUGAUACAUUAUGUUAAAAAAUAUCCAGGAGAAGUUACAAUCAUUGUCCUCGGACCUACAACAAAUAUAGCAAUGGCCAUAAAUCUUGAUUCGGAAUUUGUAGAAAAUAUUGGACAAUUAGUUGUUAUGGGAUCAACUGUCACUGGCUCAGGAAGUGUAUCACCUGGUGUUGAUUUUAAUUUCGGUUGUGAUCCAGAGAGUAAUUCAAUAUUAAUGAAUUCCACCCAGAAACCAAUUAUUCUUGUGCCAAGAGAAGUAUCAUUAAGCAGUCCAAUGUAUUUGGAAUGGAGGAAAAACACUUUGGGAAUUAUAGACUCCUCGGCUGUGAGGUUUUUAAAUAAGGCAGAAAAUAUUUUUAGCGAAACAACAAGUAUUUACUGGUCGUCAGCUGAUUCGAGAACUAUUGCUAUCACUCUGUGGGGUAUGGGUUUACUAAAAACGAAUUAUUCGAAAUUUCAAGUCAUACCAGUUCGGGAGGGUGAAGCUAGGGGUUCGGUUCUUGUCGACAAAAUCACAAAGGAAGGGAAAUCUUUUAAUGCUCUAGCUGCAUUGUCAAUGGAUGUUGACGAAUUUAAGAGAAUAUUGAUUCAUUAUUUAAGUAUAGAAUAGAAUUAAUAUUUUAAAAAUAAUUUUAAUAUUUUAAUUUUU